AACAUGUUGUCCAACUUCGAAAUAAUUGCCCGUCCUCAUCGAAUGCGUAGAACAAAGAAAGCGCUUUUGUUGCUUGAGAGCCGAUAACGUGGUGUUUCCUUUUGCUAUUUUCAAUGCUUUAAAAUGCCUUCGACCGCCAUGUUUGGUUCUCUGUUCUCUGUUCUCUGUUCCCUUUUGCCUUGUUCUUCUUACUCAAGGACGGAGUCAAUGUCUUGGGAGCUGCAAAUAGUCCUGUCAUAUUUUGCCAGGAUUCUCUAUCGUUCUUUCCUAAGUAACGCUUUCAUCAUUUUUACUGGCGUCCCCUCUUUCGGGUUUUCACUAUAUAUAAUUGAGUGCCUGUGAUUGACGUUCCUCAAUAUUCUCUUCCCAACGUCAAGCACUGCAGUUUUCCUCAAGCCUCUAUUUCCUUGCCCCGUUCAAUACGACCGGUUCAGCAUGGCCAAUGGAAAUACAGCCGAGGAAGGGUGGCUGCCUGCUGGCAAAUUUACUGAGGGAUUCGGCGAUAUCUUUAAAGCACCCGACAAUUCGGUUCUUAUACAUGCGUGCAAUUGUCUAGGUUCGUGGGGAGGCGGAGUCGCGUUAAGAAUGAAGCAAUUGUAUCCACAUGCGCACAGCGUCUAUCAGUCCCGGCUCAGGGACAUAACAAGUGGUCGAUGCCGGAGUGCCCAUGACGCCUUGGCGCAGUGUAUUCUCGUCCCACCCCAGCCUGGAGAUGCUCCUCGGAAGCAUUGGCUCGCGUGUCUACACACAUCCAUAGGACAUGGGAGAAACGUAGAUCCAGCGGAUUCGAUCCUUGAGGCAACGCAAUGUGCGUUUGGCGACUUUUAUACUCAAGUAGACGACCAUCAAAAGGCUGUUGCCAAGGGAAAGAAACUUCCAAAAAUGGGACGCAUCUUCUCGGUCAAGCUAAAUUCUGGGCUCUUUGGAGUGCCGUGGGAGGACACUCGCAAAAUGAUCAAUUAUUGGCCAAUUGAUGUCGAAGUGCUGGAUCUUCCACCUCCGAAUCAACCUCAAAAGCCACAAGCAACUCGGAAGGAUACAGGAAGGAAGAAGAGUGAUGAGGCAGCAGAGUUGAAGAAGGGGACCGCGAAAAAGGAUGCGAUUACGGAAAAAAAGAAACAGCAACCGGCUCCGGCGGUAGAAGAGACAAAUCCAAGAAAGAGAAAGUCGGAUGAAAAGGAUCCAAAGGAGAAAAAGGGUAGCUCAGAGAAAAGGCAAAAAAAGAAGGACGUCAAGGGUAAACAUGCUGUGUAAGGGUAUUAUUGAUAGAGCUGGCGCGAAAGGGGGUUUAGUGGGUAGAAUUGCUAGAAUGAGCUGAAUAUUGCUCGAGUAGUCGCAAUACAUUUUGCUGUUGUUUGCCGUC